UGGCCGCCCUGCUACGGGUCAGUCUUGGAGCCGCUGUCGGUGCGUCUCCCGGCACUGGUGCAGUGAUCAGCUUGUCGAGGAAUGCGAUCUGAAACAAGCGUCACAAGCGUAGCUGCUGAUGUUUUUAAAACCCCUGCUUCAUGACUUCCGCCUAGCUCUUAUUCAGCUCCAUGUAUCUGCUGUUAAAUCAGAGAACCUUCAGAGAGCCUGUGGGCUGGUGAGAGAAGCAUCAGCUAAAGGAGCUGAAGUUGUAGCUCUUCCUGAAUGCUUUAAUUCUCCCUAUGGAACCCAAUACUUUAAGGAGUAUGCAGAGAAGAUCCCUGGGGAAUCAACACAAAAGCUGUCAGAAGUUGCAAAGGAAUGCGGCAUAUAUCUUGUUGGAGGAUCCAUUCCAGAAGAGGAUGGUGGAAAACUGUAUAAUACAUGUGCUGUCUUUGGGCCUGAUGGUGCAAUGUUGGCAAAGCACAGGAAGGUUCAUUUGUUUGACAUUAAUGUUCCUGGGAAGAUACAGUUCAGAGAGUCUGAAACACUGAGUCCAGGGAAUAGUUUCUCCAUGUUUGAUACUCCAUACUGUAAAGUGGGCCUGGGCAUCUGCUAUGAUAUCAGAUUUGCUGAGAUGGCUCAAGUCUAUGGACAGAAAGGUUGCCAGCUGCUGAUCUAUCCAGGGGCUUUUAACCUGACAACAGGACCAGCCCAUUGGGAACUGCUACAAAGGGGGAGAGCUGUUGAUAAUCAAGUAUACAUAGCUGCCGUAUCUCCUGCUAGAGAUGAAAAAGCAUCCUAUGUUGCCUGGGGACACAGCACUGUAGUAAAUCCAUGGGGUGAAGUCAUAGCCAAAGCUGGGGCUGAGGAAACGGUUUUAUACACAGAUAUAGAUCUGAAGAAACUUGCAGAAAUACGUCAACAGAUUCCUAUCUUAAGCCAGAAGCGUUGUGAUCUCUAUGGAAUAGAGAUGAAAAAGUGAAGCUGGGUGAAUGGGAGGGUGAAGUUGCCAAAAUGGCUGCUGCUUUCAUCUUGUGAAGGCUUUCUUUAUUAGCUCCUCCACAAUCUACUGCUAAAUGUUCCAGUUAAUUUAAAAAUUAAAAAAACAAAACAAAACAACAA